UUUUAACACGAGGAAACAAACCACGUGUUUCCGUGCCAAAGUUUAGCUAACAUGGCCAACCUGGAGCAGACAGAUGAUGAUCCAAAAUCGAGUGUAACCUCCACAGACAAGUCCGCGGUGUUAAACCCAGCUCCAGGCCCAGCUCCAGCUCCAGCCCCGGCUCGUGAUGCUCUCGCGGUUCCGUGUCUGAUCCCGAGUUUCGCGGAGGCGCGUGAGCUCGUGCCCGCGCCGUACUCGUGUCUCGUGCUGCACACACACCGCAGACACGUCGCGCUGCCGCCCAUGUACCUGAACAAGAAGAGGACCGGAAUCCAGCAAGAACUCAACGCUGACCUUUUAAAGUACUCCAACAGUUUGAAAGGUGUGCCUUUGGCUUAUGAUGGCAUCAAAAUUAUAGGACAUCAUGGGGACAUUUUCGAUGACCAAGGCUACAUUCACUUAAACAUCGAGGCAUCGUUUGUGAUAUUCAAGCCGAAGAAAGGAGAAACACUUGUGGGUGUGAUCAAUAAAAUCGGAGUGGGCCAUGUGGGCUGCCUGGUGCACGGCUGCUUUAACGCCAGCGUGGUGAAGCCGGCUCAGCUCACUCCUGAGCAGUGGAGAGACUCAGGCCUGAAGCUGGGAAGCAGCCUGAAGUUCGAGGUGUUUCAACUGGAUGCUGAUGUGGCUGGAGUUCUGCUGAUCAGAGGAAGACUGGAAAAAUCCAGGGUGCAGGAGCUUAUUGCCUCCUUCAGCAGUACAGAAACGGAGCAGGACGAGACGGUGGAAGUGGCCACUGAACCAGACUCGGUCACUACUGAAGACCCCUCUGAGAGCUCUGACGCUUCAAAGCCCAAGAAGAAAAAGAAGAAAAAGGACAAAGAAAGGGACAAGCAGGCUGUGGAGGAGGUGAACAGCAACCAGACAGAUGAGGCUGUGACUCACGAUGUUAACGGUAACAGAAUGGAGGUGGACUCUGAUCCCAGCAGCCGUCCAAAGGAGAAAACGAAGAAAAAGAAAAAGGAUAAAAAGCAGGAAUCGGACGCUGAGCUGCCGUCCCCCAGCGCUGAUCUCCCAGGCAGUGACUCAAGCGGAUACAUCAGUGAUAAAAGCAGUAAAAAGAGAAAGGCACAGGAGGAUGAGCUCCUCCAAGAGGACUCUGACAUUCUUCCAGCUAAAAAGAAGAAAAAGAUGAAGUGAUGCUUGCUUUUAUACUGUAACUUUAAUUUUUAUAGUGCCUGAAUGUAUAUUAGUAGUAAUAUACAAUAAUGCAAUAAAGGACAGAUUACACUGCA